UGUGCGAUCAGUGUGCUUUUGGCCGUCGUCCGAUCACGUAGAACAUUUCUAGCAGUCGUUGUCUUUUCAUACGUUUCCACAGUUCAUCAUGUCGCUACGCAUUGUGUCCCAGUCGCUGGUGAAUGCUUGGAGCCAGACCCUGGUCCGUGGCAUGGCCACCCAGGGUAGCUCCAAGAACAUCGGCUUCGUCGGCCUGGGCAACAUGGGCGGCCACAUGGUCAGCAAUCUGAUAAAGGCCGGCCACAAGUUGCACGUCUUCGACAUCUCCAAGCCCGCCUGCGACAAUAUGAAGGCCAAGGGUGCCACUGUUUACACGAAGACCACCGAGUUGGCUCAGAAUUCGGAUUUCGUGAUCACCAUGCUGCCCAAUAAUGAUAUUGUGGAUGCUUCGUAUGAGGAGAUGACCGCUAACGGUGUCAAUAAGAACACCAUCUUCAUUGACUCCUCCACCAUUGACCCAGUGUUGGUGAAGUCGCUGCAGAAGCGCAUCAGUGCCAAAGGUGCCCGGUUUAUUGAUGCACCCGUCUCGGGUGGUGUUCCCGGUGCCGAGCAGGCCACGUUGACUUUUAUGGUCGGCGGCACGACUGACGAAUACAAUGCAGUUAAGGCGGUGCUCGAGUGCAUGGGCAAGCGGAUCACCCACUGUGGUGACUAUGGCAUGGGUCAAGCAGCCAAGUUGGCCAACAACAUGAUGCUCGCCAUCUCCAUGAUUGGUGUCUCCGAGGCCAUGAAUCUGGCCAUUCGUCUAGGCCUCAAUCCGAAGACUUUCGCUGAGAUUAUCAAUUCCUCCACGGGUCGUUGCUGGGCCUCCGAACUUUAUAAUCCGGUGCCCGGCAUUUCGCCCACGGCUCCGGCUAACAAUUCGUACAAAGGCGGCUUUUCCACUGAUUUGAUUACGAAGGAUUUGGGUCUGGCAUCGGGUGUGGCCACCUCAUCCAAUACGCCCAUUCCCAUGGGUGCACUGGCCCAUCAAAUCUAUCGCACACUCAAGUCCCAGGGCUUGGGCGGCAAGGACUUCUCCGUUGUCUAUGACUUCAUGAAGAACGAGAAGAACUAAGCAGCUGCCACCCACCCCCCAAACAAAUAGAGGCUUUUAAGUGGCUUCUACCCAACCAGUUUUGCAUUUAUAGCCUUAUCUAAGAUAAGCAAAUCCAUCCCAUCUGGGAUAUGAUACCGACUCUUAAGGCUUCCUGUGUUUUGAAUUUGACUUUGACUUGCAUUUUCUAUAUAUAAAGAUAUAUAUAUAUAUAUGUAUAUGAGCAUUUUCUAUCGCUAUGCUUUAGUGGCUUACAGUAUAUAUUAAAAAAAUGUGUUUACUUAACUAUA